GUGUUAUCUUAUAUUUUUUUUCCCAUGCUUUUAAGGAAUUUUUAACGGUAUCCCAUGAUUUUACAGCUCUGUGAUAAGUUGGCAUUAGGGGUUUUGAUAGUUCGAUUGCUGAUGGAGAACCCAUCAAAGCUUAUGGUACCGAGCUCUUCUAAGGGAAACAACGUUGCUAGUAGCCAUGACAGACUCAUUGGACUUCCAGAGCACAUUAUUCAUCACAUUAUUUCAUUCCUUGGGGCUAAUGAUAUUGCUCGGCUAAGCUUUGCCUCGAAAGGAUAUCGACAGAUAUGUAUUUCUAGUCCUUAUUUGUAUUUCGAUGUUGAUUUUGCUUCACAUGAAUGUGCCACCAAGUGUAGCCAGUUUAAAGAAUUUCUCAGCAAGUUUCUGAGAUCCCGCAAUGGCCAGCGGAUACAACUGCUUCGUUUUCGUUGGCUAUGUGAUUCAUGUGGGUGUUCUCAUGAAAGGCCCUAUGAUUCCUGGGUUUGUGAUGCUUUAAGGUGUGAUGUUAAAGAGCUUGAUCUUGGAUGUCGACUUGAUGAACAGAAUCGUUUCGCUUUGCCGAUGUCGGCAACUGGUUAUGCUUCCUUGAGGGUGCUAAAACUGAAUUUGCAGGAUUGCUGCUUAGAUGACCUCUUGCCAGCUACAUUGGUUUCUCUCGAGGUCUUAUCGCUGAAAUCUUUACGAGUUUAUGGGGCCUUAUUGGAGGCUUGGAUAUCUACCAACUGCCCAUCACUUAAAAGGUUAAAUCUUGAAGCUAUUAAGAUUAUGGAUGGUUUCCCCAUCUCCUUUGCUUCAUCUCUUCAAGAGCUGACAAUUCAUAAUUGCUAUGUUAGUCACAUCAUGGGCUUCUGCAAGAAUAGCAUCAAGGGCUCGUCCCUUAAAAAUGUAACCAUAUCUGAUUGCAUAUUCAGAGAAGCUGAAUUGUCCAAGAUAAAAAUUGCUUGUUCAUCACUUGAAAAUUUAACGCUCCGAGGUUGUGUCUUUGGAUCCGGGUGCUAUGUUUCCAUCGCUUGUCCGCUCCUUGAAAAUUUAACAAUCCAUAAAUGUUUUGUAAAUGAAUCUAAUGGCAUUGACAUCAGACACUGUCCGUCUCUGAUAAAUCUGAUGAUAAGUCAGUGCACGUUGCAGUUACUGCAUCUCAACAUUCCCACUUCCUCCCUUAGAAAACUGUCGAUUUUUGAAUGCAGCAGUCAGUUUCCUAUUAGUAUUGCUGUUUCAGCUGAGCAGCUUCAAACUUUGUCAUUGAAGUUGUAUGGUUCUUGGUGGAAGGGUUCAGUAUUUGAAAUUCAACCACAGAAAUUAACUUGUUUACAAGAGGCGAUUGUCGAAUUCCUUGAUCUUCAGUGCUUCAUUAUAGAUAAAGACAUCUGCAAUUCUGUGUUAAGAGCAGUACAAUACGCCCGAGUUUUGCAGUUAAGCAUUCAAAUUAUUGAGGUUCUAUCAGAAGAAGAUCAUGUGAAAAUUUUAUUUGAGAACUUGCUUGAUUUGGUCAUGGUAUGUGACAAAUUAGAGGCCUGCCAAAUGAUCGCAAUGGCCUGCUUUCUCGUGAGGGCUCCAAACCUAAGGACACUGACCAUAAGAUAUGAACAGAAGUCUAGUGGAAUUUCUGAAACCGAUGUAAAAGAGGAUCUUGCCAAGCUCUUGUCUUUGGCUGUGAAGAAGUACCAGUCGAAGCAUGGGAAUUCAGAAACCCUUUUGCUUGGUGAUCAAUUGAUGAAACUGAAGCUAUCUCUUCACAAAAUUUAGAGUAAAACACUUUGGUACGUGCAGCAGCUUAACCAUGCAGAACGAAUAGAGCUAAAAACAAUUCUUCAUCAGAAAUUAGUAUUGAUAGUUCAAGCAAAUUAACAUUUCCUACUGAUGCCUUUUGUUUUGUUCCUUUUGAAGGUUUUUGAAAUGGUUUUUCAGUAUCUAUGUAUGAAAUAACCACUUAAAAGGACUUCACUUCG